AUGGCUGAUUUGAACCAUCAGCUGACUGCGACUACCGAGGAGAUACAAGCACUAGUCCUCCUUCACUCUCAGUUCCUAUGGCACGGGUCCCAGCAACAACGUCAACAAGUGCGAGAUGAGGUGCGGACAGUGGUCAACAUUACACGUUGUGCGGCACUAUUCCAACCUCUUCCUCAGGACAAUCCGAAUGCGAGCGCGUUGCACCAAUCUGGACCAAUAACAGGUGCAGAGGUGGACUUGUGGAACUGGAACUCUUGGAUUGAGAAUGAAAAGCGAACUCGAUUGGCGGCAUACAUUUAUCUUAUCGAUGCUUCUUCCACCAUAUUCUUCAACACACAGCCCAGGUUCGACGCCAAGAGCAUCACAGUCCCUCUGCCGGCCGAUGAUGCAGCCUGGGAAGCGAAGACUUCUGAAGAAUGCGCCAGUGCUCUGGGUCUGAGAGGAUCGUCAGCGCAGAUGAGCAACGAAUCGGGAAGCAGACGCGCAAAACAACUAGCCUUGUGCGAGGCGUUGUGUGUACUCAACGGAGCCUGUCCAGGAAAAUUUCCUGAGCGGGCUACUAAUGUCUUUGGAAAAUUCAUUCUCAUUCACGCGAUUCAUGCGCAAAUCUACAACAUCCAGCAUCAGCUGCUUCAGCGAGUGUCUUCAAGCGGUACAAGCACACCCCGAUCGCAAGGCGAUAGUCCUGCCACACCACCAAAUGGCGUCAAUGAGCAAAUCCAAAAUAAGCUCCGUUCGACGGUCGGCGCGCUUUCGCUAUGGAAGGCUUGCUGGGACAAGGACCUUGCUAUCCAGUUCACACAGAACCAGCGUCGACGUGGAUUCUGCCGAGACGGCAUCCACUUUUACUUCCUAGCUCAAGCGUUCUUGCGGCAGUCUCGACCAGACGACUGGGCCGCUCCUGCGGAUGUUCGGUGCCGGCAUGUGUUCAAUCUCCUGAAACAGAUCAGACAUUACGUUGCAUCAGACUCCGCCCAGAAAGGCAUCGAGAUCGGCUCCAUGGUUGCUAUCGCUGACGACUACGCCAUCGCCGACUUGACGCUAAACAUGAAACGUCUUUUCACGCCUCUCGACGAAAUCUGA